CCCGCGACCGGCUGCGUGCCCUCGGCGUGGGCUGGUGACCGCCAUGCUCGGCAGGAGACCCAAGAGGAGCCCGCAGGCCAAGGGCCAGGGAGCCGCCGUUGCGAAGCAGCUGGGGCUAUUUGUAGAUUUCAAUCCUGAAGAGAUGCUGCUGGGUGCAGAGGAGGGUGCUGAUGAUGGGGACCUAGAAGCAGAGCUUGCUUCUAUCACUGGAGUGAAGGUGACAGAAGGGAAGUCAAAACCAAAAGGGAAAACUCCUCUGCCCAUGGAUCAUAUUGAAAAGAUGGCUGCAGAGUGUAUGAAGGACCUGAAUGAAGAUGAGGAGGAAGAAACAGAGGAUGAUGACUUAGAGAAAGAUACAGACCUGUUGGCAGAAUUGCAAGAAGUUCUGGGGGAGGAAGGUGAGACGGGAAGCUGUGAGGAUGAAACAAUUGCAAUGGAUUCAUCCACAGCUCAGACAGAAAAUGAGCAACCUGAAGUGCAACCACAGACCACCUCACUUGCAGCUGUUACCAGUGAACUGCAACAGACAAUAGAGAAUAGAAUUGUUAACUAUAGGACAGCAAUUUCUAAUGCAAAGGAGUCAGGUGAGAGUGCCAAAACACGUCGGUAUGAAAGAGGCCUUAAGACGCUGGAAACCAUGCUGGCUGCAGUGAAGAAAGGCAAAAAAGUCAGUGAGGAAGAAAUUCCACCCCCUGUUGCAACAGGAAAGAGUUCUCAUGUACCUCAAGCCACAGGAGCCGAACUAGAAAACUUGGAAGAUUCAGGCAGUGUCCCAGCAGAGAAGAGAGUAGAAUCUGCUGCAGAUCAUGAGCAGAAGCCCUCUCAUGAUGCAGAGCAGCAUCUGGAAUUGGAGUCCCUACGAGGUCAUGCUCCUUCUAGUUCUACCAUGGAAACUGAUCACCAGAACAGCAGCACACGGGCACUGCUACUUACGAGGCAGAGAGAGUAUAAAGUAGCAGCUCUCAAAGCCAAACAACAAGGGGACCUGGAGAAGGCGAAGGAAUACAUGAAGAUAGGCAAGAAAUUUAACACGGUCCUGGAAGCUUUGGACAGUGGGCAGCCAUUAGACCUCCAGAAUAUGCCGCCAUCUCCUCAAGAUCUUGAAAGCCUAGAAAACGUACAAGCUACAUCCCAGCAAAAGGUACCAGCCUCUCUGGGAAGUUCCCAGGAUCUUACAACACCUGGACCUCAGACCUCAGACUGUUCAGAGAAGAAGCGGGGGAAGGAAUCUGGAUCAUGUGGCAUUUCAUUAUCUGUCUUAUUUCAAGCUUACCUGCAGCCAAAAACAGUGCUGGAAGCAUUGCAACAAAGACUUGAGAAGUACAAGUCAGCAGCAGCCCAGGCUAAAGCGAGUGGGGAUGAUCGGAAAGGCAGGAUGCACGAGAGGAUAGCCAAGCAAUACCAGGAUGCUAUAAGAGCCCAUAAAGCAGGGAGAAAAGUGAAUUUUUCUGAGCUACCUGUUCCUCCCGGAUUUCCCCCUAUCCCUGGUGUUGCAACAAUGGAUGGUAACAGCACAAUAGCUGCUGUUCUGGAAAAUGCCAGCCAGCUGGCAAACAUGGAAGAGAACGAGGAAGAAGAGGAGAACGAACCUCUGACGCAGGCCCCGGUUGCCAAGAAGCCUGCUCAGCUGCCUGGAAAGCCGACACAAGUUGUUAAGCCAAUUACAGUGCCAUCUGCUGUAGCCGAGGAGGAGAGCUCUCCUGAACACGUAAAGAAGUCCACAUCACCUUCCACCCCAGACAAGGCAGCGUCAGUGGAUCAUCUCUCUUCAGCUGCUAGGGAACAGCUGGAAUUUCUGGAGAACAGAAAGAAGCAAUACAUGAAGGCAGCCGUCAAAGCAAAGAAGGCAAAUAACCUUGAACAGGCCAAGAUAUAUCUCAAAACAGCUAAGACCUUUGACCUUAAGAUUGAGCAAGCAAAAAGUGGCAAGCCUGUUGAUAUUUCCAAGCUGCCAUCACCCCCUACAGAUGAUGAGGGUGAUUUUAUCUUCAUUCACCAUGAAGAUGUCAGGCUGUCCCAGAAAGCAGAUGAAGUAUACACCCAGCUCAUAAAACUGCUGAAGGACCAAUAUGAGAGGUGUCUGCAGUAUUCCAAGCAGUUCAUGCAUCUGGGAAAUGUGACAGAAACGAGUCGGUUUGAAAAACUGGCACAAGGUUGUAAAAAGGACAUGGACAUCCUACAGCUUGCACGAGCGCAAGGAAUGGAUCCUCCAAGCCAUCACUUUGAGGAAAGAACCUUUAAAAUGAUAAGGAUAUUUUCUGAGCUCAACAGCACAGAAAUGCACCUUCUCGUUGUCAGGGGGAUAAACCUACCAGCUCCACCAGGUGUGGCACCGAGCGAUUUGGAUGCGUUUGUGAAGUUUGAAUUCCAUUACCCGAAUGUGGAGCAAGCUCAGAAGAGCAAAACUGCUGUAAUUAAAAAUACCAAUUCUCCAGAAUAUAAUCAGUUGUUCAAGCUGAACAUCAACCGAAAUCAUAGAGGUUUCCGACGAGUGAUUCAGACCAAAGGAAUUAAAUUUGAAAUAUUUCAUAAAGGGUCCUUCUUCAGAAGUGAUAAGCAGGUGGGGACAGCACACUUGAAACUGGACAAGCUGGAAUCGGAAUGUGAAGUCAGAGAGAUCAUUGAGAUUUUUGAUGGCAGAAAGCCCACUGGAGGGAAACUGGAGGUAAAAGUGAGACUCAGGGAGCCCCUCAGCGGUCAAGAUCUUCAGACAAUUACAGAAAACUGGCUGGUCCUUGAACAUUAGUUCAUAUCUGAGGAACACUAGAAGAUGCGGGAUGAACAUUGUACGUAGAAAGAUGCUGCUAGCUGCAAGCACCAAAGAUGUUAAAUGAAUGCACUACUGAACCUAAUGUCUAUUUUGGUAACAGCCAUAGUGCUUAUUAAUGACUUUUUAAGGCAAACGUAAGGCUCUGGAAAUUUGCUACUGCAGGGGAACGUUAUUAGUCUACACAAAAUAGACAGAACUGCCUUAAUGUGGGACUACUAACGUAGCACCAGGCUGAAUGUUACAUUAACUAUGCAUAGUGGUGUGUGAAAGGUUUAGCCCCUUAAAAAUUCCCUGAGGCAGAGCAAAAGCUUUUGAGUCAAGUCACAGGUAAGACCUUGACAAGAAUGCAUUCCUUUAAGUGUACGAGCACCCAACAUGGUACCGUGAACACAAUCUGCUACUGCUUUUUUCUGUUCUCUCUUAGCAAGGCCUGUUUGUUUUUUCCUAUCUGUUUCUUGGAACAGAGGAGAGAGCACUCAGUUCUCAAACACAAAUCUAGCAGCAGUGCGUGUCCCCUGCUCUAUGCAUGCCAUUGCAGCAAGGAGUUAAAUGGGAUAUUGUCUUUAAGAUGAGAAUUCAAGACUUCUUAGCAGCAGGGGUUUAAGGAUCUACAUUUUUUUUUGUUCUGGCUACCAGUUGUUUGCCAUGCUUGCUACACUGCUUUCCAGUGCAGCCCGGGUACUGUGCCUUCGGCCUUCCACAUCACCCCCCACCCCCUCUUUUUUUUUUUUUUUUUUUUUUAAUUUAAACAGGUUACUCUACACUGCUGCUUCGUAAAUAUUCAUUAUAUUUUUACAAAAACAGGCUUUUACAGUUCUGCCAGGUGAUGGGAAAAAUAGCCACUCUUUAUCAUGUAGAAAACUGGAUUAUGACUAUUUUCAGGAAUGUAUUUGAUUGAUUAGCAGCAUACAAAAAAUGGUACCAAAUAUGUUUGUGUUUUUAAAUCUCUGUGCACUAACAAACAGAAAUGACUGAUCUCGAAGGAGGGGAUGUGCUUGUACUUGGGGAGUCAGAGUGCUGCUGCAAGAGCUGUUUAGUUAGGGCAAGUUUGUAGACAGAAAAGGAGUCCAGACAAUAAGGCAGCGCUGCCUCUGUCUUCCUGAGCGGAUGAAGACAAUACAGUAUUUAGUUUUUAAUUUCAAUAAAUUUAAUAUACAAAACUACAUGUUGAAAAUAAAAAUAUAAUAUGCAGUUUUUUUGCAGUGUUAACUAACUGAAUUUUAAAAGUACAAUUUUUUUUUCUAAAACAAGUACUCAUUUCUUAACAACAUGGUAAUUAAGGUCAUUUAAAAGGCUAUGGUUGAAGCAGACAUGUCAGUCACCAGUUGAUAGUGUUUUGCACAAACAUAAUCCAAACCUAAAUGACUUUUGGGGCAAAGGAAGAGAAGAUUAAGAUCUUUAACCUCUUUUACUGCAUUAUUAAGCAUAACAAUGCAACUAACGUAACUGGAAAGCUGCUGCUGUGGCCAAGCUAGAGUGCAGUCUCUAGAAGGAAGCUUUUACUGAGUUUAUGGAAUGCUCUUCCAGAUACUGAAUCUUGCCUACGCCACAUGGUGCUGCACUUUGUCCUAAAGUGUGCAUAAACAGUGUGCAGAAGGGAGUUUAAACGUAGCCUUAGCCCUGUUUCGUUGUGUGAAGUAGCUUAAGGUUUAU